UCGGGUGUGUCCGUUUACAGGAGCUGCUGAGCGGCGGAGAGGUGGCGGUGAAGCCGCGAGGGAGAGCAGAGCGGCCGGUUAGAGGGUGCAGAGAGCCGCGUAGAGACAGAGAACAGCACGAUGGCAGAUUAUGAGUUGGUGAAGAAGAUGCUGAGGGCAAUUCUGCAGUCCAGUAAGUCCGGGCUGCCCCUGUCUCGCCUGCAGGCCGAAUAUAAGGAGCUGACAGGUGAAGCCAUACCCCACAAGCAGCUGGGUCAUGCCACUCUGGAUACUUUACUGCACAGCAUGUCCUCUGUGGUGCGGCUGGACAGGGGCCGCUCCGGGGAGGUGAUGUGUUAUGCCACAGUUGGGAAUGAGAUGGCUCACAUUACAAAACUAGCGGCUCGUCAUCAUACGGCUAAGAAGACUGGUCGGCCUCAGGUGGUCAACUGUCAGAUGAGAGUCAAGCCCUCUGCUCCUCUUGUAUUAAAUGCCAAACCCAGGACAUCUCUAAGGCAGCCUGAGCACCGGGGUCGCCAGGGGCGUGGUGGGGGUCGCCCAGGGGGUCAUGGUGACUCUCGUCCGGGAAGCAUGAGGGAGCAACAGCCUGAUGGGAAAGGCUCUAAACCACACAGUACCCAACACACACCACCCAACACGCCCACCAGAAGACCCAACCUGCCCUCUGACAGAUCAGACAAAAGGAUGACAUUGCCAUCCAGAUUCCAAAAAGAAGUCCAUGCCCACCUGUCUAGAAACCCUCAGCAGAGCAAUGCUCCUUUCAACCUGAAUGAAAGCACCACUCCACCAAAACCCAGGACACCCCAUUCAAGCCCCUACAGUCCCAAACUGGUUCAGUCCCGCCUCAAAGAGGUUCUAAGCAAGCACAGCAAUGGCUUAUGGGUGUCUAAGCUUCCACAAUUGUACCGUGAGCUUUACAAGCAAGACCUGCCCAGUGAAGCCUUGAAAGAUCUGGAGGAGUGGACACAUAUUUGCACAAUUGAGAAACCAUGCAGUAGCAAACCUCAAGAGCUACUGCUGUACCCUGCUAAAGACAUCAGCCAAACCACGACCCCGCCUAGCCCUGCCAUGACUCCUACUGCAAACAAGCAGUCUCCACCCACCCAAAAGCCCCCCAGCCAGAUACAGCAAGCAGCAAGAACACCCCCAACAUCCACAUCCAGCCCUCCCGCGUCUCCCACAGUUCUGUCUGCAGAUCUCAAGCAAAAAUUGGGGGAGCUUCUUCUGAAGUACAGCAGUGGUCUGUGGGCUCAUGCCCUCCCUAAACUCUACCAAGACACCUACAAGACCAAGCUGCCUGAGUAUGUACUUGACAACCUGCCCCUGCUGUCAGAUAUAUGCACCAUUGACUACCCCAUGCCGGACAACCCCAAAAGGGCCAUUCUGUAUGUGAAGGCAGUGGAGGAUGAGAACUGCAACCAGGAGGACUUGGCUGACCUGCGGGCGAGAGAGGAGGCAGGGAGACGUAUCAGUUACCAGACUGUGCCACCUCUGCUUAUUCCCAGGGAGGAGUAUCCUUCAGUGCUGGUGGUGGAAGCAAGCAACACGAAUAGUGUUGUUCUCAGAUACAUAGGCGAGGGAUACUCCAAGGCCCAGGAGAAGCUUGAGGAUGAAAUGAAAGAAUUCUAUGGACAGGACAACACCAAGAAGUCCCUGGUCUCACCUUCAUCAGGCCAGCUAACUGCAGUCCAUGCUGAGGAAGAGGAAGAGAUUCUCCGAGCACAAGUGUGUGAGGUCAUGUCUGAGAAAGUCAAGGUUUAUUAUGUGGAUCAUGGCUUCUCAGAAGUCAUUAGUAAAAGCAAACUGCUGGAGUUGCAUGAGAAGUUUUUCAGACUGCCUUUCCAAGCCACUAAAUGUAAAUUGGCUGGCCUUGAGCCCUUUUCUCAGGAGCCAGUUGUGCUGAAGAAGUUUGACUCUAUGGCAAGUGGUAAAAUCUUAUUGGCUGAGAUCCUGGAACGAAACGACAUCCCACUGAUGGUGUUAUACGACACGUCGCAGGAUGAUGAUGUUAAUAUUAAUGCUGCCUGCCUGAAAGCCCUACAGGACAAGUCUUUAGAAAGUCCCAUGCAGGUCAACAGUGCCUAUAUGAAUGUGAAUGUGACCAGUGUGAGUUCAGAUGGGACAUUCUGCUGCCAGCUGCCCUCUCGAGGUCUGACCAAACUCAAUGAGGUUCUGGAGAAAGCAGAGACCUACUUUCACUCCCAGGUUACAUCAGAGUCACUAGUUUCUAGACCUUUCUGUGGAAAAAGCUGUCUGGCUCGCUUCAAAGGCAAAUGGUCUCGUGUUGAGAUAACUAACCUGCAUGGCAGCCGGGUGCUGGAUAUUCUGUUUGUAGACCUGGGGGUCCAGGCAUCUGUCGAGGUCAUUGAGCUGAGGGAAAUCCCUCCUCCAUUCCUGCGUGACCUUACAGCAAUCCCUCCUCAGGCAGUGAAGUGCUGUUUGGCUGACUUGUCUGUAAGUGUGGGCUCAUGGACACCGGAUGCAGUACAGUGGUUACGAGACAGAGCUCUACAGUGCAGCGACUGCAGCUUAAAGAUUGCUAAAGUGGAGGAGAGCAAGUGCUUGGCCCAUGUCUACCUGUUUACAAGUAAAAACUUCCAUGAUCUUAGCCGCAGCCUCAACCACCAGCUUGCUGAAUCAGAUCUGUGGAAGCACCAGAAAGACGUCUUCUUGAGCAGUCAGGGGCCUCUGAAGACCCCCAGUUCUCCUAAAACCCCACCCACAACACCACCCAACACCAACUCCACUGGUAACUCCAGUCCCAGCACCAAUGGCAGAAGCAAAGCUCCACAGACCUCAAAAAAGGUUCCACCUCAGUCUCGCACUACAUCUCCAAUCACCCCACCCAGGAAUCUUGCUCUUCCACCAGUUCUGGAGCUUCCACCCGCUGGACACAAUAUAGACAUUUAUGUGUCUGUAGCAUGCCACCCAGGCCAUUUCGUGCUACAGCCAUGGCAGGAUAUGUACAAGCUGGUGGUCUUGAUGGGAGAGAUGAUUUUGUACUAUAACAAAACGGAAGAGAAACCACUCACAGUGGAGAAGAACCAAGUUUAUGCAGCCAAAGUGGAGAACAAUUGGCAUCGAGUGCUCGUGAAGGGAGUCCUAACAAAUGGCCUGGUGUCUGUUUAUGAGCUGGACUAUGGCAAGCAUGAGCUGGUCAGCUGCACUCUGCUGAGGCCUCUCAUCCAGGAGUUUCGCCAACUCCCCUUCCAAGGCAUCACUGCUCAGCUAGCAGGUGUAAAGCCCAGGCAGUGGUCUGAAGAGGCCUCCAUUGUGUUCCGGAACCAUGUGGAGAAGAAGCCCCUGGUAGCCCAGCUGGACUCAGUGCAGGACGCAGCGCAGCCCUGGGACCGCAAGGUGACUGUCUUCCUGGUGGACACGUCUCAGGAGGACAGAGACGUCUGGGUUCACGACAUCAUGGCGGAAUUUGCAGAUGAGCUCACCAAAGCAGCAUAAUGACCCUGGCUAUCUGUCGGUGUGUUUUCAUAUAAGGUUUCUGUGAGUGUGCACUCAUGGGCUGUUCUAACUGGACAUGCUGCUUUUAGGUCCUAUUUCUUUCUGGCAUUAACAUUCGGUCGUCAUCCAGUCAAGACACAGCAUGUUUACAUUUAAAGGAAGUGUAUGCUUCAGUGGAUGCUUCAUCAUUCAGGUAUUAAUCAGGGGUGUGUUUCCCAGAAAUGUUUAACCUUAGAGAUUUAUGUACAACGUUAAGAACACAGUUUUUAGUGUUUCCCAAAAACGUUCUUUAGUCCUUAAAAGUAUGAAUUUUACAAUUCUACGAUUAAAAGGAGUUCUUUGUUGACUUUGUGUCUGCAUCUGUGAUGAAAAGCCAGCAUCAAUCAAAAUGUGACCACAGAUAUACGUAUAUUUUUAAAUUAGUAUUUAACUAAUAAUAAAUUACAUGCAAAUAUAAUAAUUCUUUUUUCUACCUAUCAUGUAUCAAUCCUAUUAAAAUGCACUCAUUCAUGCAUCUACCUUGGCUUUCAUACUUAUAUGACUUUGUAAUACUAGGAACAAACAAACUAUUUUGGCCCAAUUUAGGCUAAUUCAGAUUUGAUUAUGUUGAGCAUUGGUUGUAUUGUAUGUGAUAAGUUUACAUUUUAAAAAUGAAUACCUGAUUUUAAUGAAAACGAAUGUAGUCAUACAUACAUAUAAAGGUCAUAUUGCCAUGCAUAUAUCGAGUAUAUCAGUAUAUUAACUUUAUGUUAAGUACUUAGUGAGUUACAGAAUUAUGAAUGAGUUAAAUUACUACAUACUUCAUUUCGUAGGGUUUCUGGAAACUCCGAUUUUAAGAAUGUUUAAGUAUGAGGUUAUGAACAUUUUGGGAAACGCACCCCAGAUCUCAUUCGCCUGUUUGCUUUAUCAUCAACAGCAGCACAGAAAAUGCGUCAUCCAGGUGUCUGAAGUUACACAGAAAAAAGCUGGUGAAAUAUGGACCUUGGCUUAGCAGCCACAAAUGAAGCUCAGCUGAAAAAUAAUAAGGGUUUAAAAUGUUUUGCUUUUGUGUUUUUAAAAAGAGGCCUAAAACGAUCUAAUGUAAUAAGAGAGGUGGGAGCACAUAUGGAAUGUAGCUAAACUAGCUGCAUCCCAUCACACGUGCUCCACUAGAUCAGGACAGCUAGAUCCAGUGAUUAGCAGGGUGUGUUGUUAAUGUAAAUUACUGUAAGUGGGGAACAACAGAUACAGGACACAUUUUAACCCUUUGAGGCACAGUGGUCAGUGUAAGAAACCUUGUUAUUUCUCACUUAGGAAAAGAAAGGAAAUCUCUACAUUUCCUUAAACUUUUGACUGGUUUAUUAGAACAGAAAAUGUAGCACACAAGAAGUAAUGUAAGAACUGUAGAUUUUCUGCAUGGCUUACCCAAGCUUUCCAACCGGCUUCUUGUAGAAACCACUUCAGAAAGUACCUUUUACCCUUCACCUAAAAAUCCCAACACAAAUCUGUUUUAGUUUAAUAGUUUUAUUAUACUUUAAUUGGUUUAUAUCAGUAAAUCUGUGUGCCUGAGGGGGUUAAAGUCAAGUGUAAACAGGGCUAGUUUCUAGUUUCUGGAUAUGGUAAGUGGAUGUAUGGGAAGGUUAGAGAAUUAUAGAUGGUUAGAUCUAUUUUAUUCUUCUGUAAGGAAUAACUUUACUUACAUUAGCCGUACAGCUGUGAGGGUCUGAGCAUCAUGCCAACAAAGAACACACAUGCUCCAAGCCUGAGCAUUAUGCCAGACAUACCGUAUGUUGUAUUUAAGGUACAAUUUGAACAAUGUUCAUUUGCAUUUUCACUUUCUAUAUCUAAUUUUUGAAAGAUUUGUGAAGGUUUCUGGUUCAGCAUUUGACCUGGUUAACAAUGAUGUCUAAUCCAAAGUCCAGAGAUUUACAUGAUGAAGUCUGAGAAAUUGAUAAAUUGUUUACAAAGCUAGUGAAACAUUCCCUUUCAUCCAUUAAUGUGACAAAGCUCCUCAUGUUUAAAUUAAGGCUUUACAGGUUUUGACACUAUUUAUUUAGCAUUUUCUUGUAUUAUUAUUAUUAUUUAGAGUAAGCAGAUUGCAUGACAUUUUUGGGGUUUUGCAAAUAAUGUGACAGUAGUAGCAUACUUGACAACCUCCAGCUACUUCCUUAGCAUUGGCGUGGUUAAACAGCUGAGUUUUAUUUAGCUAAAUAUUAUGUGUAGACUAAACAUUUUGUUGACAAGUAUGACUCAACCUGGGGUUAACUGCAUAUGCAAAAUGAUUGAGAAAUAAAGUUUAAGAAAAAAGAAAUC